CUCUCUCUCUCUCUCUCUCUCUCUCUCUCUCUCUCACACCCUUUCCAUCUUAUCUAUUCUUCAUUCUCUCUAUUUACCUUAAUACUCUUAAUCGAGUAACCCAUCGGAUUAUCUAUAAAUCUCUGUACACUCUGUCCGUGCUAAAUCUGUUGUGGACCAGUGAAUGCGGGAAAUACGAGAAAUACGGAGUCGCGAUUCAUGCAAGCAAUAAAUUAGAAACCAACUAAGUACGACCACGGCACCGAAGACGUAACGGAAAUAACGUUACGGUUGCAACAGCGGGAAUCGAGGGUGUCAGUUACGCCGAAAUUAGCUAAAUUUAAGCUAAACUAGAUUCUAAAAGAUUUGGUCCAAUAGAGAAGAGAGAGCGGUUAACGAUUGCCAAAGGCGAACUUUAAUCGCAUUUUGUUAGCUGCACGAGGCGAAAAUAAUGCGUGAGUGAGUGUCACGCGUGAAUUCUAAAAUUGCGCGUGCAAAGUUACAACACCACGAGAGUUUCAACUAAUAUACUCUUAAGAUACUCUCCAGUCAAAAGGUACUUUUUUCGAUUAAGUGCAAUAUUAUCGUGAUUCAUAUCUUAAGAUACGUAUCGACUAGGAGGUACGGCGGGAACAAGCUCGACCAACGAAGUUGGUUUCGCAAGCGGUUUAUCGUUCGAUUCGGAAAGACAAUCUUCAAGGAGAGACAACGGCUUCCACGAGAACGAUUCCACGAGAGGACGAGGAAGAACGUGUGUGGAGGCAUUUACGUAUUCGACAACGAUGGCAUUAUCCUGAAACGGGCAUGACGCCCUUGGCCUCGAGAUGCGACGAGACCACUACCCUUCUGUUGUUACUGCUACUCGAGCUGGCACCCGGGGCACGUUGCUACUCGCGCGCGGCCGUAACUUCCGCUUCGUCUUUACCAAGAUAGCAUUUACAGUCCCCGGCGAGGGUGCGAGUAAUGCCGCUUCUCGGCAGCAUUAUGACCAUCGCCGUCGAUAGUUCGACAACGGCGUCCACGAGCGUCUUCGAGGGGAACAUGACGUGGUCUCGACCACUCAGUGGUGGCUCUACGUUUCCGAGUAACGAGGCCCUCCCGACCCCACGUACAAUUCCGAACGGUAAGCAACGGCGGCGUCCGGCCGCGAAAGCUACCACCGAUCGUGUUAGUCGCCUCCUCAGCGGUAGAGAUGCUGAGAAAGGACCGCUGCUGAGCGAGAACAACGCUGCUAAAAACAACGAAAAACACAUCGAGAGCGGCGAGCGUAACACCACCACCACAACCGAGAAAGAGGGUGGUGGCGAGGCAGUAAGAAAGGAAGCUUCCCACCAUUGCGGCCAGACUUCAGAAACUCGAGUUUGCGGUAGGAACACCGUAGGCGCGACAAAGAGUAGGGAAAUUGCAUUUACUGGCGAAGAAAACGUGGCAGGGAUAGGUGGUGGUACUGAAAUAGGGGGUGGCGGCAGUGAACAAAGUGUCGACAGCAGCGUAGGCAGUACUACCGAUAGUGUGAGUGUGAGUACGGGUGUAUCGAAUAGCUCGGAGGAGGGAAUCGCGAUCGAAUACGAGAAGGAUCUGUUGCUCUUUGGUUUUAGCGACACGAUGGAGGAUACGAUUAGUUUGUUCAACGAGUCAACCUACGGGAACAUUAGUCACCCCUGGAACAUCAGUUUGUACAACGAGACUUUUAUUGUUCUGGCUGAGGGUAUGUACCCGUCGGGAUAUACUCUCCCGCAUAUUAUACUUGCGUCUAUCCUCGCGACACUCUUGAUGAUCGUGAUCGUCGUGGGAAAUAUGCUGGUGAUAAUCGCUAUUGCCACGGAGAAGGCGCUCAAGAACAUACAAAAUUGGUUCAUAGCCAGCCUCGCGGUGGCUGACUUCUUCCUCGGUCUUGUCAUCAUGCCAUUUUCGCUCGCUAACGAGAUUAUGGGUUACUGGAUCUUCGGAUAUUGGUGGUGUGACAUUCACUCCGCCAUGGACGUGUUGUUGUGUACGGCCAGCAUCAUGAAUCUUUGCCUAAUCAGCCUAGACAGAUUUUGGAGCAUUACACAGGCGGUCGACUACCUGAAGAAAAGAACACCAGCUAGAGCGGCGCUCAUGAUUGCCCUCGUCUGGCUAUUGUCAGCGCUCGUUUGUAUACCACCGUUACUCGGAUGGAAAAGACCCACUCCAGAAGAGGAAUAUCCCAAAUGCAAGUUGUCCGAGGACAUCGGGUACGUCCUUUAUUCUGCUCUGGGCAGUUUCUACAUCCCAUCCUGUAUCAUGGUCUUCGUGUAUAUACGUAUAUACUUCGCUGCCAAGGCUCGUGCGCGUCGCGGCAUCCGGAAGCAGCCUCGUCCACGUGUCGUGCCGCCGGAAUCGCCAGACGUCAGACAAACCAGCUUUACUCAGAGUACACCGGCAACCGACACCAAGAAACCUCCGGGAUCAGUCAUGGAGAACGUCGCUACGAUUGAGAACCAGCCGGUCCAGAUACCAAUUGUCACGUGCGACUUUGCUAGUGACGUCAGCACGUCGGAGGCUGAUGCCGGCGGAGGUAUCAGUAUACCAAUGGAAGAAAAGGACACGCUGAAGGUGAGUAUACCGGUGCCGGCACAAAAGAGCAACUUGAAGGCAAGCUUGUCGGUGAACGGGGAUGGACAAUCGGGAGGCCAGAAUGUACCACCGCGAUGCCGAGCGCCCAGCGUCGGCAUCGACGUCGACAUGGUGUCGGAGUUUGAUCCCUCGUCGUCGGAUAGCGGUGUGGUGUCGAGAUGCGCGGUGGUAAAACCGCUCAAGCUACGGCUGUGUCAACCGAUCUUUGGCCGUAAGCACGUAGGUAAGUUGAAGAGGGAACACGGCGACGGGGGGCGACACGCGGGCAAAGACGAGUCCGGCGGCGACGGCAAGACGAUGAAGCAGCGCGAUCCGGAAAGAGAGAAGAGGAGAAUAGCGAGAAAGAAGGAGAAACGCGCGACGAUGAUACUGGGCUUCAUAAUGGGCAGCUUUAUCGCUUGUUGGUUACCCUUCUUUGUCCUCUACAUCGUCAAACCCCUCUUCCCUGACUUCGAUAUACCCUCGCAGGCCUUCGUAAUCGCUUUCUGGCUCGGCUAUACAAACUCGGCGCUGAACCCCUUCAUCUACACGGUCUUUAACAAGGACUUCCGCCGUGCUUUUCGUCGAAUAUUGUUUAAAUGAGCAAUACAGUAUAGCGUCGACCAAGAGGGACGCUAGCGAUAACCACAUAUAUUCCGCCCUCGGGUAUGCGAAUAAGUACCCCGAUAGUACCCCGAGGAUGACUUCUCGAUCGCGAGUCGCGCGAUAGCCGAUCCGAUUUCCUCGAGUUAUUCUCAAGGGAAACUUUAAUUAUAAGAGGA